AUGAGUCUUUCCGACACGUUGGCCGUCCACACGUGCACCUCACGCUUGGAGUCCCUGCCCAACGAAAUUAUACAAUUAAUCUUCCUCCACAGCCUGGAGAUCAAUCUCCCCCGGGCAUCGCCACGUCUUGCCCGUGCACUGUCCAACCCCGUGCUAUACACAUGGCUUAUCCGGCUAGUGUUCAGUAGCACGAAUCCCGGCUCGCGAGAGGGAUUCUUCACACCGGACUUUCUCCCACCGCCGCUGGAUUUCUGGGCGCUGGAGUGGGAGCAGAGGCAGCAGUUGCAGAGCACGAUUCUAGCCUGUCGGUGGUGUACAUUACCGCUGAUGAGGCGGUGUCAGCGGGAAUACGUGGACCAUGCUAUCCGGCGCAAGUGUGCGGACUUGGUCUUUUCAGAGGAAGACCGAGUCCUGCUGGACUCAUUGGAUCAGCGCUUCGAUGAUCUAGAAGGCUGUGAUAAGGCCGUGGAUGGAUGGCGCGGGAAAGGAGACCUCGUUCUUUCUGCACGGUUACCGGAUGGAGAGCGGUCUUCACCAUCUCGCAGUUCCGACCGUAAGGUGUCUAUAUGGUUUCAUUUUGGUGCUGUGCAGAUCCGUGAAUCGAAUGAAGUUUAUUAUGAAAAUGAUCUCUUUCGAUUACCGUGUUCAGUGUUGAUUGCACCCGGCCGAAUACCGGACAAAGUGCUCCAGGAACCGUGGUCGGACGCGCAAUUCGAGUUUCUGCAGCUGCUCUCUUCGGAUUUCUAUCUGGACGAGGAUGAAUAUUCUGCAGAGAGAACUGUGGAAAUCACUACGCGGUUGAUUCGGAAGAGGAGGAUUGAGCCGUUUCGCCGCUUAUUGCGGUUGUCGUUUCGUGCCGCGAAUUGUCGGGUCCUUGCGAGUUGGCCCUUGCGGCCUUCGCAUUAUCAUUUGAUUCGGCGUUAUUGUGGUGGACCUGGAGAUCCGUUUGCCAAUUUUAUUUUGAGUGAGCGGUGGGAUGUGAUUCCUGCGUCUGCGAAGGAGGAUUUGCUGAGGCUGAUUGACCCGGCACAAGCUAUGACUCAGAGCGACAUUCUAGCAUUGAGUCGCGCCAGCUAG